CGAUCGAAUUGGAAUUUCUUGUACCUGCUUUCGAAAUUCAAAUUGAAAAAGUUUUUAAAUAACUUCUAGCUUGCAUUUAGAAGAUGGAAGACCAAUUAAAUUGGGCAGAGCAGCCACAAUUCCUCAAUGUGCCCCUUGCUAAAGGAAUAAAUAAAAGGGAACUCCUGGAAACUGGUCAGACGGAGUUCACGAUUGACUUUGAUUACAACAAGAAGGAUACAUUAUUUGAUGAUGAAGGUGAUCUGUUUGCUACUUAUGAUGAUGGUGAAGAUAGUGACGAUGCAGACCCUUUAAAAAGUGUGGAAAAACAGGCCGAAAACAUGCUACUAGCUUCUCCGGAGUACCAGUCCUUUGAGCAGUUAGCUGCUAAAAUGAAGGAUUGUUUAUCUAAUGGGAGUGUAAAGAUACUGAUUCUUGAAGAAGGCGAUGGACCCCUAGUGUCGCCCGAUUCACAAGUGCUAUUGCAUUACGCAGCGUAUUAUGAAAGAUCUGAAGUUCCCUUCGAUACUUCUUUAACAAGUACCACUGGGACCACAGUUGGAUUACCCUGCCGUUACCGAAUGGGCGUCGGUGAGAUCCUAACCGGUUUAGAAGUUGGACUUCUCAACGUGAAAGGUCCGAAGGCGAGAUUCCACUUGUUACUACAGCCAGAUGUGACUUGGGGUAACCUUGGCGUCUUGCCGCGGAUACAGCCAAAGCCGGUCCUAUUUGUUGUAUGUUUAUACGAUGUUAGAUGCGAAGCGGCCGCUGCUAGAUUCAACGAUCUACCGUCUUCGGAGCAAAUGAAAUUCGAAACAACAGUUACAACCAUAAAGGAUAUCCGUGCCGUUGCCAAAGAUUUAUUCAGAAGAAAAAAAUAUACACAAGCUAUUCGAAGCUAUGAACAGGGCAUCUCUAUAUUAUCUAUGUGCCAACCACAGACUGAAGAAGAAUUGAAAGAAGUUAACGAUCUUAAAGUAGCCAUUUUUGUUAAUCUGGCAACUUGCUAUCAUAAAAUAAAUAGACCUAAAAACAUUUUAGGCGUUUGCAAGCAUAUUAAUAGAAUUAUUGAUAUAAACACACACUGCAAAGCUUUGUUUUAUUACGGUAGGGCUCAAGAAUCUUUAGGUAAAUUGGAAGAAGCAAUCUCUUCUUACAAAAAAGCUCUUAAGCUAGAACCGAAAAACAAAGAAAUUGGCAACACUUUAGCCGAUUUAGAUGCUAGGCUCAAAAAAGCGAAAGUAGACGAAAAGGCCAUGUGGCGUAAGGCAUUGAGUAAGAAUGCAGAAAUACCUAUACCCGAAGAAAAAAAAUUAAGCUACGUUGUCGAUGAAGAUUUUAGAAAUGGCGUCUUUGACAUGUGUCAAGAUUUGGCGGGAAGGAAGGAGUAUGCUAAAUUCGAUUUGCCACCGGGUUUGACGAAAGAUGAAGUUGUUUGCAUAAAGGAUUUGACGAGUGAAUUUAAAGGGUUAACUGUGUUAGAAGAUGGAGAGGGAAAGCGGAAGAAGGUUUCCAUUGUGAAGCAAGUUUUGUAAAUAUGCCAUAUUUUU